CCGAGCGUAAUGCUCAGGCAAAGGGCCAGGUCCUGAACCACCAAAAGUCUCCGCUCCCUGGGGAGCUGGCCUGGUGCAGAGCGGUGGACGGAGUCAGCCAGCGAGGGGUAGGUGCAGCCCAGACCACCAGACGCAGGUGCACCCAGGAUCGCUGCUCUCUACAGCAAGUACCAAGCCUGAAUCUGCUUUCUGCAGCAGGCCGCAGCACGUCCUUGUGGGCAAGCUGCAUCCUGGGCUGUGCCCCUCGGUGCCGAUAUUGCAGGGAGCGGCGAGCCGGAGCGUGGGACCUGGGCUGAGGAGCGGGCUGUGCCGGGCAUGGCUCAAUUGGUCACCGUGCCCCCCAGCACCCAGCCGGUGCCCCCCAGCAGGGAGCCAGAGGGAGCUGCGCAGCCGCUGACCAUCACUAGCUCCAACGGCCUGGGCACGGCUGGACCUGGCCGCGCGCUGGCACCUGGGGGCCAGCCUGGGAUGACCAUGCAGGGGCCGGAUGCAGGGAGCGGGCGCCCAUCGGCCCAAGCAGAAGAGCCCCCCCUGAACGUGCCACCUGCCCAGGCCUAUUGCUGGGGGUCGCCCCAGUGCCGGGGGGAGAGCGGGCAGGCAGCCCCCGCCCCAGCCAUCCUGACACCAGUCGCAGGGGGCUGCAGCGGUCCCGUGGCGCCGGCGGAGACCCUGUUCACCACACGUGCGGACGGGGCGGUGCGGCUGCGCCUGGACCCCGAGGGUCCCGGGGCCUUGGCCCCCAUCACCGUGCACCAGCUGUUCCAGGCGGCAGUGGAGCGCCACGGGGACCGGCCCGCCCUGGCCUACAAGCGGGGGCAGACGUGGGAGAGCCUCAGCUACCGGCAGUACCAGCAGCAGUGCCGGGCCGCCGCCAAGGGCUUCCUGAAGCUGGGCCUGGAGCGCUUCCACGGCGUCGCGAUCCUGGGCUCCAACAGCCCCGAGUGGGUCAUCGCUGACAUCGGGGCCAUCAUGGCCGGGGGCCUGGCAGUCGGGAUCUACAGCACCAGCUCCCCCGAGGCCUGCGGCUACGUCGCUGCCAACUGCGCAGCCAACGUGGUGGUGGUGGAGGACAACGCGCAGCUCAGCAAGAUCCUGCAGGUGCAGAAGCAGCUGCCCCACCUCAAGGCCAUUGUCCAGUACCGCGACCGGCUGGAGGAGAAGAGACCCAACGUGUACACGUGGGAGGAGUUCAUGGAGCUGGGGAGGACCGUGCCCGACUCGCAGCUGGACUCCAUCAUCCGCUCCCAGUGCGUGAACCACUGCUGCCUCCUGAUCUACACCUCGGGCACCACGGGCACGCCCAAGGGCGUCAUGCUCAGCCACGACAACGUGAUGUGGGAGAUCCGAAUGUUUAAGGAGGUGCUGGGGCUCCAGGGUCACGAGGUGAUCCUCAGCUACCUGCCCCUGAGCCACGUUGCCGCGCAGUGCGGAGACAUCUGGGUAGUGAUGUCCGUGGCAGGCACCAUCUUCUUCGCGCAGCCCGAUGCCCUCAAGGGCUCCCUGCUCCCCACGCUGAAGGAGGUGCGCCCCACGAUCUUGUUGGCUGUGCCCCGCGUGUGGGAGAAGAUGGAGGAGAAGCUCAAAGCCGCCUUCAGCCAGUCGUCCCUGGUCAAGAGGAAGCUGGUGGAGUGGGCACGGGGCAUUGGGCUGCAGGCCAGCUACAGCCGCCUGGACGGGGACGGCUCGUUGCCCUGGGGCUUUGCCCUGGCCGAGCGCCUGGUGUUUAGGAAGAUGCGGGAGGCGCUGGGGCUGCAGCGCUGCGCCGUGCUGCUGACCGGGGCAGCGCCCAUCGCCAAGGACACGCUGGAGUUCUUCAUGAGCCUCCACUUGCCUAUCCUCCAGAUGUUCGGGUUGAGCGAGGGCAGCGGGUUGCACAGCACCUGCACGCAUGAAGCCUUUCGCAUCUACAGCUGCGGGAAGGAGCUGCCAGGCUGCAGGUCCCGCAUCGAGCAGCCGGACGCAGAGGGCACGGGUGAGCUGUGCUGCUGGGGCCGCCACGUCUUCAUGGGCUACCUGGGCAUGGAGGCUGCGACGCGGGAGGCGCUGGACGAGGAGGGCUGGCUGCACACGGGGGACCUUGUGCGCCGUGACCCCGACGGCUUCCUCUACAUUGUGGGCAGGAUCAAGGAGCUGGUGAUCACGGCGGGCGGGAAGAACAUCGCCCCGGUGCCCAUCGAGGAAGCAGUGAAGAGGGAGGUGCCGAUCGUCAGCAACGCGAUGCUGGUCGGCGACGGCAGGAAGUUCCUGUCCAUGCUGCUCACUCUGAAGUGCCAGGUGGAUCCGGAGUCGGGGGCGCCCCUGGACGAGCUGAGCCCCGAGGCCGUGCGGUUCUGCCGGGAGCUGGGCAGCCAGGCCACGCGGGUGUCGGAGGUGCUGAGCACGCGGGACCCGGCCGUGUACCAGGCCAUCCAGCAGGGCGUGGAGCGGGUGAACCAGCGCGCCCCGUCCCACGCCCAUCGUGUGCAGAAGUGGGCCUUGCUGCCCAGGGACUUCUCCAUCGCCGGUGGGGAGCUGGGUCCCACGGCCAAGCUGAAGCGCCGGGCGGUGCUGAGCGCCCACGAGGACGUGAUCCGCAGCUGCUACCGGGACUAGCACCUGCGCUCACCGCAGAUGUGCCCCACUCUCCCCAGCCGGCCACCUCUGUGCCUGGCAACGCGCUGCCCUGGCCCCAGCCCUGACCUCCCUAGGGUGCAGCCUCUGCUCCUUCCCUUCCCUUCCCUUCCCUUCCCUUCCCACCCUGUGGGGCCAGGGCCAGGUGGGGAGGGCAGGGCAGAGCCCUGGGGCACGGGUUGGCCUGGCAGGCUUUGAUUUCCCAGCCCAUCAUGGUGUGGGGUUGGAAGGGACCUCGCAGCUGCCUGGCCUCCCCUGCCCUGUGCUGGGCCAGUCCUGCUCCCGCCAGACCCUUGACCCACCCCGGCAUGCCCAGGCCGACCAGCCCAGCUUCUCUGGCUCCUCUCAGCGCAUGGGUCCCCCCUCGUGUGCCGCUGCAGCCCUGCUCUGUGCCCGCCCCGGUCUGGGCUCAUCCCGCUGAACGCAGGGCGUGGAGCUACGUGUGCGAUUUACAUGGGUCCCCCUAAGGAUCUCACGCGACAGCAUCAGCGCUGCCCUUGAUGCCUCUGCUGCAUGGCUGUCACGUCGGCGGCCCCCAACCUGACGGGUCCCUUCACCACCUCCUGCUCACUGUGGGGCUCUUACACCAGACCCCGGCCUGCGGUCUGGCCACCCCCGCGAGGCAUGUGGCACGUGGCUGAGGUGCUGCUGUUACGUGCUGCGUGUGAGUCUGGAGGCGCUGCGCGUCUGGCAUGGCCUCCCCUCAAUAAACCCGUGCUGUG